AUGAUUGCUUUGGGUCCAGUGUUUACUGUUGGACACAUGACGAGUCCAGUUAAACUUUUUACUUUAUUCACUGACAAGAAAUUGUUUCACAUUUUUGGGGAAAAGUGUUUUCUUUCUGAAAAUAAAUACAUUAAACUGAUGGCAAAAACUAUCUGUAAAAACCCGGAAACUCGAUUUAUUUGCCUGGAUGUUAUUCAACUCAUUGCUGGUUUUGAUCAGACACACUUGAAUGUGUCACGUCUACCUGUGUAUUUAACUCAUUGCCCAGCUGGAACUUCUACAAGAAACAUGGAUCACUUUGCACAGAAUUUUCGAACCAAAACCUGCAGCAAAUUUGAUUUUGGCUCCAAAGAAGAAAAUGAAUUGCAUUAUCAUCAACCAUUUCCUCCACAAUACAAUGUAACUCAAAUGGAUGUACCUGUUGCAUUGUAUUCAGGUGGCAAAGACUCUUUGGCUGAUCCUCAAGAUGUUAAAAUCUUGGCAAAGCAGCUGAAGAAUCUUGUGCUUCAUAAAUGCAUAGAAGAAUGGGCUCAUUUAGAAUUCAUAUGGGGAAUUGAUGAAAUUCUGAAAGAUUUUAGAAGUAUACAAUUCCUGUGUGAGAAAGAGCAUAAAUUACCAAACCAUAUCUAA